AUGACAAUCACAGAUCUCCACUCGUUGGGUGAAUUCGAGGAGGCCAUCAAGUCAGAAGAACUGACGGUAAUCAAGUUCUCGACAAAGACAUGCAUACCAUGCAAAAUGAUUGCCCCCGUUUAUGAAAAGUACUCCAAGGCUUACAAAGGAGCGAAGUACUACAAUUGCGACUCUGAAGAGCUCGUGGAAGUGGCUUCCAUGGUACCCGUCAGCUCUGUACCCACCUUCGCGCUCUACAAGAAUGGUGAAAUCGUGCUCAUUGUGUCUGGCAAUGGAGCUGACCCUCGGAAGCUGAGAAGUGGGAUCCGAAAGUAUGCCGCCAAAGAUGAGACCAAGAAGCCUCGUCCUGUGACUAACGGAAUCAAGAAGAGACGUAGACCCAAGAAGAUAACUUGA